AUGCUUUCCGUACACGUCGAUGUGGGUAAUACGUUUAUGCUGCCUGAUAAUAAACCGUGGUUGUGGUUCGAAGAGCUCUCCAAGGAAUACAACUCCCCUCUCGUGACCGUGUGGAUAGGCAGGAACCCAACCGUCUGGAUCAAUGAUGCCUGGGCGGUCUCAGACCUCUUCGAAAAGCGCGCGGGAAUAUACUCCUCUCGGCCAAAGAUGCUGGUUUUUGCAGAAUUAGGAGCGGGGCAGUCGAAUUUGGUCAAUCAAUACACGUUUGAACCUGAACAACGAGCCAGAUGGCGUCUUCAGAGGAAGCUGAUGCAUCAUGCUGUUGGUGUACAGGCUGUGCGAAAGUAUCGUAGCUUUCAGAAUGAUGAGAGUCGGCUUGUUGCGCUUGACUUGCUCAAUAAGCCGGAGGACUACGUAAAGUAUUUCGAGCGAUAUGCCACCAGCGUGGUGAGCAUCAUUGGCUUUGGGAGACGCGUGGAAAGUAGCGAGGACCCCAUCAUCACAGAAGUGAUCGCUGUGAUGCAACUGGCAGCAGAGCUUAAUGUUCCUGGCAAGACGUUCCCAAUGCUGAUGGAGACGUUCCCAUUCCUGGCCAAAUUUCCCAACGCCAUUGCCCCUUGGAAACACGGUCUUGGCCGCAAGAGGGGACGAGGUUUCUUCUACGCGCUGGCUGAAGAGGCAGCGAUGAAACCCGGGCACGACGAUUCCUUUGUCAAACACCUCUUCGCCGCGCGGGAACAGCAUGGCCUUGACGACGAAGAAAUAUCUUCUCUCAGCGGGAAUCUGUUUGGUGCUGGGGCUGACACGAGCAGUUCCACUCUGGUCACAUUUGUCCUGGCUUGUUGUGCUUUCCCUGAGACAUUGAAACCGGCGUAUGAGGAGCUUGACCGUGUUGUCGGGCCUCAUCGGAGCCCGCACUUUGAUGAUCAACCGAACCUUCCCUACUUGAAUGCAUUCGUCAAAGAGGUUUUCAGGUGGAGGUCUGUUGCAAUCAUUGGAGGGCAACCACACUCCCCUACCCAGGACGACUUGUACAAGGGUUGGUUGAUUCCGAAAGGGACGUGGAUCCAGGGCAAUGUGUGGGCCAUCCAUCACAAUGAACGCGAAUUCCCGGAUCCCGAUAGGUUCAAUCCAAGGAGAUAUAUGCCUGGAAACCCAGAGAGCAGACCGUUCCCAGGUGAGAGGGGCUACAUGACUUUUGGCUGGGGAAGAAGGGUUUGUUCCGGCCAGGCGCUGGCCGAGCAGGGUACGAAUGGGCUCAAUAUGCGCCCUCGGCCCUUUGAGUGCAGUAUUGAGCCGAGGACGGAGGAAAUCCGCCAGACAAUCAAUCGCGAGGGUCAACAAGCUCUGCAAGAUCUGCAACAAUAUAGCGGUGAGAGUCAGUAUAGAAUGUCGACAUUUUAUCAGCGCAAUGAUCUAGCAAUGAAGAUGUUUGGAGAUGGGGUGAAGUAG